AUGACUAGAACAACUCCAGAAAUUGACCUCAUUGUCGUUGGGACAGGAUGGUUUGGUUUGUCUGCUGCGAAGCACUACAUUCAGCUGCAUCCUCAGGACCACAUUGUAGUCCUCGAAUCAGCUGGCUCGUGUGGAGGUACAUGGGCACAGGAAAGACUCUACCCUGGACUCAAGUCGAAUAACAUGGUGGGCUCUUACGAAUACCCCGACUUUCCGAUGUCGGAAGACGUCUAUGGGGUCAAGGCCGACAACCACAUCCCCGCGGCCACUUUACAUCGGUAUCUGACUGACUACGCCAAACACUUUGGAGUCUUUGAUCGAGUUCAAUUCCACACACGGGUAACAGCAGUGCAGCCACGCUCAGAAGAUGAUGGGUGGAGACUUCAUGUUGCCUGCUCGAACGACCCAGUCAACUUCACGACGACCAUUGAAACUAAACGACUGAUUCUGGCCACCGGCCUCACCUCUUUACCAAAUAUGCCCUCGUACUCUGGCCAGGAUACCUUCCACGGUCCUGUGUUCCACGCCAAGGAUUUCAAACGCGAGGCAGACACGUUGACAAGCUGCACAAGAGUCGUCGUGGUCGGGGGCGCCAAAUCGGCCUUGGACGUGAGCUAUGCAUAUACGCAGGCUGGUGUGCAGGUCUACCUCAUCAUUCGGCCCGAUGGGAAUGGACCUGUCUGGCUGGCAAAGCCGUUCGUGACCCCCUUCAAGAGAAAGAUGGAGGAACUACUUCAUACCCGCUGCCUGACAUGGUUCUCUCCGAGUCCCUGGCAAGAUGAGGAUGGCUACUCGACCGUGCGCUCGUUUCUGCACGGUACCAAGUUGGGGAACCUCCUUGUGAACAACUUCUGGUCCAUUCUUUCUGCGGAUAUCAUUGAAUCGAACGGGUAUGAGGACCAUCAUCACCCCUCGCUGCGCGCACUGAAACCGUGGUACUCGGCAUAUUGGACAGGCUCGGGUGUCUCCAUCCACAAUUUUGAUACCAGCAUCUUUGAUCUGGUCAAGGAGGGCAAGAUCUGCAUCCAUACGGCGAAUAUCACUGAGCUGAGCCCCCGCCAUGUACACCUGAGCACUGGGGAGACGCUCCAAGCAGAUGCAAUUGUCUGUGCUACUGGCUGGAAAAAGGGCUCCGCCAUUCAAUUUGUGGAUGUCGAUUGCCGGCCUGUCUCCGAUCCCGCCGAAAUGGAUCGUCUUCUCCGCCUCGCCGAUGAUGAGAUCCUCUCGCGCUUUCCAGGUCUCAAGUCGCAGCCUUGCCUUCGGACAUCGGGCGGAGCGAAGCACCAGCAAUCUAAUCCCUGGCGACUCUACCGAUUCAUGGUGCCCCCAGCCCUGUGGGAAAGGCGCACUCUGGCUUUUGCCGGUAUGGUAUCCUCGGUCAGCACAGCCAUCUGUGCCAGCCUGCAAGGGCUGUGGAUUUCCGCUUACUUCGACGGAACACUGGACCGCAUGCCACCCACCCAGCAAGCCGUCGUCCACGAGGCAGUGAUCAACUCCGUCUGGGGUAAAUGGCGGUAUCCCUGUGGCUACGGAGAGGAUGUUGCCGAUUUCGCCUUCGACGCGCUCCCAUACUUUGAUCUGUUGCUGAAGGACCUGGGCUUGAAGCACCAUCGGAAAUCGUCGGCCACUUCCGAGCUUACUGAGCCCUACAAGCCGUGGGAUUAUCAAGACGUAGUGGAGGAGUGGAAACAGGGACAUUGGCUCUUCAGUCUUGCAGGCGUUCCUUAG